UCUCCGGCGAGAGCACACUGUUUAUUCCGGUUGCUUAGCAAUAUCGUGAGUGUUCUUUACUGUUGUUUACUCGUCGUUUCGAUCGUCGCCGUGUGUCGCGCGCGCUCGUUCGUGUUUUGUAGCUCACCACCGUGUAAUGCAGCUAGUGAUCGUACACUAGCCUGCCGUUGGUUGGCUGAAAAGUGCGCUGAUUGCAUUUGUUUACAGACCGGGUACCGGGACGAACGGUUCUCGCGCGUUUGCGGUUAAAUUGGAAAAGCAAGCGAGCGUGGUGUGAAUUAAUAAUUAAACAAAACCAGAAUCAAACGUGCAUUUCACUGAGCUGAAGCUAUUCUGAGGUGCUUCCCGUGUGCGAGGGAUCGUGAGUGCGCGUUUCAAGAUCGAUGCGUUGUCCAGAUGUGAACUAAAUUUAAAAUCCUCUCAAUCGGGAGCGGGUUUUUUGCUGAUACCGGCAGAGGCGCGCCAGGAGAUCAAUAAUGACUGCGGCAGCCGAAGAUGGAAAUGCAAUGAAGUGAUUGAAUUCACGUGCAGCCGAGCGAGAUUGUAUAACCUGCCCAGGUUCGGUCGUUGACAGCCGGUCGAUUGAUAAAGAAGUCGAAGAAACGUGAUUAAAAGUGCAGUCUUAAGCAGAAAACAAAUCAAGUAAUUCACUAUAAGUAACAACUAAGUGAAAUAAUACAUUCAAAUCAAUAUUUUAUCGGGCACAGUGAAGAGUGAAGCAAACGAAAAAAAGAGUGUUUAGCUUCAGUGUUUACAUUGCAAGGAAAAAAAAAUCAUUUCGAAGCGAAUUGGUCGACGAGUGUAGGUUUACAGUUGUUCGAUGCGCAGAAAGCAAAGUGUUUUCGAAAAACCCAAACAAUCGGUCGUUCGUCGUUCGGCGGUCGCAAUCGUGGAUGGCAAUAUCAGUUAACGUAGAAUAAGCCGAAGGGCGACGGCAAAAAGAAGAAAACAACGCGCAGCAUACAUACCCACUUAUGUGGUACGAAAGACAGCCUCUCCUUCAUUGUAAUGUUAUCUUGAAAGUGUGCUUGCUGUAUUCGAAGUGCUGCUGGGGCGGAAGAAUAAAUAAAAAGCGAAAGGACGUGAGAGGAGGCGAUUUAUAUGCAAAAGAAAAAACCCCAACAGCAUAUCUAAAGUGAUGUAGUGUCGAAUUCUCGUGCGGUUGUUGCCAAGAUCGCUCGCAGAUUUUGAAGUCCAAGUCGCAGUUUCUCUGUGUUCGCGUGUGUGUGCGUGUUCGUGUGUGCCUGAGAAGCACAUUAAAAAAAAAGGUUCUGGUCGGUAUCGCGAAGAACGGCCGAUCGGUCCCUGGAGGACGUGCCUGAAGUUUAAAUAAAUAGCGGGUUUUGAGUUUUGUUUUGGUUUUUCAACAAAUCUUGGCUACUUUAUAUGCGGAACGGACUAUUGAAACGAUUGGUUUUUGGCAAUAAUUUGGAAAACCCCGCCGAAAGGUCUCACGAGUGCGCAAUUUCUAACCACUCGCAGUCACCGCCGCCGUUGCUCUGCCCGCCGCGUCACCGCCGGACACCGAUGAAACUGAUCCAUCACCCCCACCGGCAACCGGUGACAGCUCACAUUACCCGCCAGCCGCAUGCAGGCGAUACACCACUCCCAGCAUCCAAACGCAGCCGCAGGUCCUGUCGGUCGGUCGGUGUGAACCUAUGUUAAAACCCCCGACACCCGCGCCGCCAGCCGAGCUUCGUGAGCCGAAGAAUCGAAUCGAUCGGCUUAUGUAAAGUGAAGUAAUGGGCCCAUAAAAUAAUUAUUAAAUCAUCGAUCGAUUCGAUUGACCAUAGUGCAUAGAAAAAGAGGACCAGCAAAAAAAAAAUAAAAUAGUAGGCAUCCAAAGUGAAGUGUUUCUCCGGUUUUAGUCAAGCAAGUAACCAAGCAACCAACGAAACGGCGAAACCAGUGACGCUGCCGGCGUGGAAUCGUGAUCCAGGUGGAAAGUCGACGUUUAGAAAAUUAAUGCGAUAAAUAACGCGGUGCGCGCUUUCGAGGCUGGCAAAGUUCAACUCUUCGGUCCGUUUGUGUCGAGCAAGGGAAGCAACGGGGGAGGGCGACGGUUCUGUGUGCGCGGACACGUGCAGCCACCAUUUGUGGAGAAUAAAAUUAGUCGUGUGAGUUAUGGUUGCAAAUUAUAAAUAAUAAAUAAAUUGAAGUGUAAUAUAGUAAUAAUACUAAAUCUCGGCAUCGUGAAAGGCAAAAUAGUUUGUGGCUUGCCGGCAGGUGAGUGGCGCGAAUCGUUCUCCGAAUGUCCGAUCGUUUAUCAGUGCAACAACAAGUGACCAUGUUUCGCUAGGGGAACGGAAACUGUCUACUGGGAAAGCGAACUGUGAACUGUGAGUAGACUGCUGGAGGAUUCUCAAGGAUGGGGAAUGUAGAUAAAAGGAUGUCGCCGCUACGCCGCCGACCAACGAUCGACCGUUCCGCUUGGAAGGCGCUUAUCGUUUUCGUUAUCCUCGCGAUAUCAGCGUCGCCGGCAGUGUCCGAAAACGACUUCCGAUAUAUCUCCUAUCAGGAUUUGCUGCCGACAUCGGAUCGCUUUACGGAUGCCAACGUUACGUCAUUCUCCCGGCUGCUGUUCGAUGUGGCGCGCGAUCAAGUAAUCGUCGGUGCAAGGGACAACCUGUAUCGACUCUCGCUGCAUCUGGACGUACGGGAGCGGAUGCCGUGGGAGGUGACCCAAGCAAUGCGCAACACCUGCCUGGACAAGGGUCAGAGCGAAGAAGCCUGCCGUAACCACAUCAUGGUGCUGGAGAGCUUCGGCAAUCGAGUGUAUGCCUGCGGAACGUACGCCUUCAGUCCAUACUGUUCGUGGAGGCAGAUGGAAAACCUUACGGCUACGCGGUUCGACAAUGGAGUGGCCAAAUGCCCGUUCAGUCCGUUCGCCAACAACACAGUGCAUAUGUCCGACAACGGGAAGCUAUUUGUCGGCACUACGACGGAUUUUUCCGGAUCGGAUCCUGCCAUUAUACGAGCGGAUGUGACAGAGGAGACCAGCCGAAUGUUACGCACCAAUCAGUACAAUUCGAAGUGGCUGAACGAUCCGCAGUUUGUGGGCAGCUUCGAAAAGGGCGAGUUUGUGUAUUUCGUGUUUCGCGAGGCUGCAGUCGAGUAUAUCAACUGCGGGAAAAUUGUUUACUCACGAAUCGCCCGGAUUUGUAAAAACGAUCCCGGUGGUACACAGAUUUUGAAAGAUAACUGGACAUCGUUCGUGAAGGCCAGACUGAACUGCUCGUUACCAGGGGACUAUCCGUUCUACUUCAACGAGGUACAAGGAAUGGUAUACUCCCAGGAGGAAGCUGUGCUGUACGCCACUUUCACCACGCCAGAAAACAGCAUUCAUGGAUCAGCCAUCUGUGCAUACAACAUGUCCUCCAUUCAGGCCGCCUUUUCAGGAGCCUUCAAGUACCAGGAAUCACUUGGCUCGGCAUGGCACCGCCAAGAUGCUCUGCACCGAGAUCAUUACGAGUGCAACGCCGUACCAACAGCUCGCCGUAUAUCGCUAAUCGAUUCUUCCAAAUAUCAGCUGAUGGAUCAAGCGGUGCAACCGAUCAUUGGUCAACCACUGCAUCACACUAAACUGGAACGCUUCGGUCACAUUGCGAUCGAUAUCAUUCCUACGAAACUGCACGAAAGGGUACAUAUCAUUUACGUUGCGACCGACAACGGGCUAAUUAAGAAGAUCUCCGUUUUGCCGCGCACGAAAAGUACAUGCGUUGUGGAGAUUUGGAGACCUGAUCCAGCCGCCGAAUCGAAAAUACGGACGAUUCAGUAUGUGAAAGAAACCGAUUCGUUGUACGUUGGAACCGAUUCGGCUCUAAGUCGAAUUUCGUCCCAUCACUGCAAUCGACACAUUUCGAAGCUGAGCUGCCUGAACUCAAUGGAUCCUCAUUGCGGUUGGAACGAAUUGCAGGAAGCAUGUACCAUUGCCCCUAACGGAGAUACACUGGCAAAAUACUGGAUACAAAAUGCUACCGAAUGUCCGGUCCUAACUGCUCCGGUAGAUGGUGGAUGGUCCGCUUGGUCGGAUUGGAGCAAAUGUGCUCAGUUCAAUGGAAAUAUGCAACCGUCUAACGCUAAUGAAGAGUUGACACAGAAUGCCGAUUCUUGUCUAUGCCGGACGAGGGCAUGUGACAACCCGUCACCGAAGAAUGGAGGCCGCACGUGUACCGGAGUCAGUAUCGCAGUCACAAACUGUACCGUGCAUGGUGGUUGGACAGAUUGGAGUGCAUGGUCGGCUUGCUCGCAAACAUGCGGUAUGGCAGUUAAGACCCGGAGACGAACCUGCGGCAAUCCGAAACCCGCACACGGUGGACGAGUUUGCGUUGGGCCAGAUCGUGCGGAAAUCUACUGCUCGCAUCUUCCUCCCUGUCCAGCUCCGAAGCAACCACCAAUCGAUGGAGGAUGGGGUCCGUGGGGUGUUUGGGGAGAAUGUAGUGCUGCCUGCGGUGGCGGUUUUCGGAUCCGCAGACGUAAAUGCGAUGAUCCAAUUCCCCAGAACGGUGGAAUGGAGUGCCCUGGGUGUCACUUAGACUACGAAAUUUGUAACCCUCAUGCGUGCCCGGAUGUGAAACGAGCUGGAACGUGGACUGCAUGGUAUACGGUGCCAAAUGGAACGCUCCCGAAUGGUGAUUUCGUUGAGAAACGGGUCAGAUAUACGUGCAAAGCUCAGAUCGCUGAUUCAUCGCUCUUGAAAAUCACACAAAAAGAGGAAACUAGGAUAUGUCAUGCAGGUGGAUCGUGUCAACGAUCUUUGAGUGAUUCUGGGCAUUCCAGUGGGAGUGGUGGGGGAGUAGCUGAAAAUGAAGAAGGUUGGAGCGUUUGGAGCUCAUGGAGUAGCUGCAGUGCUUCCUGCGGUGGUGGGCAUCAGUAUAGGACCCGAACGUGUGAGAAAGCAGAAUGCGACGGAGUUAACAAUAUGGCGAGAGCUUGCAAUAAUCUACCGUGUAAAGGUGAAUGGGGAUGCUGGAGUGACUGGUCGCCCUGUUCCGUAUCAUGUGGACUUGGUUCCAGAACGCGAUCGCGACAGUGUCUAUCAAUGUCCGGUAAUGUAAUUUUAGGGAAUGAUUGUGAAGGACAAAGUACUCAGUACGACACCUGCGAGAUGCCCAGCUGUGAUUCUUUCCUUGGAUGGGGUGAAUGGAGCGAUUGGUCUCAGUGUAACACAGAUGGUGAAAAAAUUAGAACCAGAAUUUGCUUGAUACCUACUCCGGACAAGACAAUGUGUCAGGGCAGCGAUCGCGAGAUUCGCAAGUGUCACGUGGAAAUGAGUAACGAAAUUCCUCAUGCCCUGACAGCUGGAACCUCGUCGGUGGCAUGGAUUGUUUUUGUAAUUGUGACGGCAAUUAUCCUGUGCUGCGCAGCUAGCGUGCUCAUCACCAUUACUAUGAUUAAAAGGAAGGCUAAAGGAAUCACAGCGAUCCAGGGUUCGCCUUGCUACGGAUCCUAUCCGAAUCAGUACUCUUCGUUGCCGACGAAAGACUUCACCGAGGGUCACAAACCGAAGCGCCAGUCCUCGUUCAACGGCCGGAAUGACGCCAGUGGAUCGAAAAUCGCCAAUGGCCACACCACGCUGACUAAAUCGAACAACGUCAACGGAACGCUGGGAAACAACACUCCCAAGGUACUGGCCAAAUCGUUUAACGACACAGACACGGCCACGAUCAAGCGAAAUUCCCAUGGGUUGAAUAACAUACGUCACGCACGGCAGCUGGAACUGGAGGAGGAAAAGUAUUGAUUCGCAUGAAUACCAGUUUGUCAGCAACUUGUGUAAAAUUUGUUGAUUUUGAACUUUCGUUUUUUUUAAACAAUCAUUCUGAUCUCAACUGCCAAGAAGUGCACGAAAAGAGGACAUUUCAUAAAAUAGCAUAUCCACCGAGGAUGAAGGUAUUAAAUUAGGGAGCUAGUUGAUCGAACGCACAUCUGACCAUCGUGGGCAGUACAUAGAGCAGAAGAGACCAGAAAAAUCUCAAUACGAAAUAUCAAUGCAUUGGAAACGAGCCCCAUCAUCAACAAACAGAAAUAGAGCCGUAGAACAAUUUAGCGAUAAAAUUAGAGCAAGGCUGAAUAUAGACUUUAGUAUUCAAUCGAUAAGCAACAACAGAUUAAGAUUUUAGGAAACAGGUGAAUUUUAACAUUAACGUAGAACAAAACAUACGCUUCAACUCGCUGUUAACAGACGAACGAAGGGCUACAAAUGUUUAACCAAAUGAAUGCUAAUUAUCUUUCCAUCGAGCACUACUUUUUAAACGUUUUAAUUUUUUUAAUAUCUGUAAGCCAAGCAAGUAGCACCUCGGAUAAUUAACAAAUAAUGGUGUGACGUUCGGCGCUUAUCAGCAAACUUAUAUAUAAAAGACGUGAGCAAGCGCUGCGGCAGUGCUACUCCAUUUUAAAAUCUGUGCCAUUAGGGUAGGAGAUCGCGAAGCAAUGCGAGACUUUUAAACGCAACUGAAGCAAUCGUUAUAUUGUUAGUGUUCAAAUUUUACACUCUAGACGUUUAGAAGAAAAAAAACAAUUAGUUGUAGGCUAUUAGUUGUAUGGUAAAAUCUGAUUUUACUUGUGAUAUGAGUAGCUCAAAUUGAGCAAUAACAGGAUACGAGUAGGCAUACAUAAGGUAGGUAGUUAUUUUGCUUUUCUCGAGAAAGUAAAAUAAUCCUUGCGACUUGAAACAAAAGACAUUUAUCCGAAAAAACGGCCGGUUUUUUGAAGUACUUGAUAAAAGGAAAUAAAUAUA